AUGUCCGUAACCAUCGGCUUCACCGUCGCCAUCACCUCCAACUUCGCCACCGCCUUCUCAGAGCUCUACGCCUUCUCCACCUGGCAAUCGGGCCUCUGCUUCACUGCCAGCCUGAUCGGCUCAGGUUUCGGGAUCUUCUUUAAUGGGCGCUUCUCCGAGCGGGUUGCGGAUUACUUCACCAAAAGGAAUAGCGGGAUCAGGGAGCCUGAGUUCAGACUUCCCGCGAUUAGCAUAGGAUUAGUUACUGCGCCGUUGGCGCUGAUUCUGCUCGGGGCAGAGAUUGAGCAGAGCUGGCAUUGGGUCGUGCCGACUGUGGGGUUGGGUUGGGGCUGCUGA